UUAGGGGAAACAAGUUGAAGAGAGUGUGCUACACUGAGCGUGUCCAUGCUCUCUCUCACGAAGCGCCUACAAGCGAUUACGCCGUACCUCCUCCGCGGCCCUUGCCACCUCCGCUAUGCCCGAACCGACACCACUGCCGGCAGAAGCGGCGGCCACAGAAGGCGCCCGAAGUCGCCGCCACUUGUGUUGAGGAAGGCUGAUGAGCGCUCCGAGUGGUGGGCGGUGGACGGCGAGAUGCACGAGGUGGGCGAUCACGUGCCGCCACGUGAGCGGUUCGUCAUUCCGAGAGACAACAUCCCUAACAAACGCCGCAAGCAGCUCAGGGAACAGUUCAUGCGCAGGACUCGCCUUCUUCUCAAGGAAUCUGAGCAUGAGCCUUGGUGCAAGAAAUAUAUGGAACUAUAUAAUGAACUUAGAGAAAACUGGGAGCGGCUUUAUUGGGAUGAGGGCUACUCUAAGAAGCUUGCUCAGGAUCAUGCAAAGUAUGAGUCUGCUGAAGAAGACGAUGAAGACUUUUCCCCUUACAGGAAUAGAAGGUCUCAGAUGGAGCAUAGUAAGGAGCAUAAUUUUGUGAGAAACAACCAGUCUGAUACAUGGGAGAAAGUCAGCCUUAUUCGGGAUAAAUUUGAGUAUGACAGAGAAAAAAGAAUGAGAGAAAAAGCAUUUGCUCCCAUGCAUGGGGCAGGAACCAUGUCUGACUUCCGCGAUUCACAUUCCUGGAACAAACAUGAUUCAGACUCCUGGAACCAACCACUAAACACGGAUCGAUAUUUUGGCCAAACAGAAAGAAGAGAAGAAUAAAUGAAAAUUCGUUCGCCAUCAAGGAACGAAACCGGAUAUUUUUUCCAUGCAUUUCCCCUCAGUGUUAAUGGCUGUAUCUGCUGCCAAUAUGACUACACCCAGUGAUUCCAUGAGAUAUAGUUAAAAAUGCCUCAACAGAAGGAGAAUGUAUGACAUGGAUGUUUAUUUAUGGUUUAAAACUCCAUUGCUAUGGCAGGAGCUUGUUUUUCUGAACAGAGGAUAUGAUCAUGUAUCAAUUACUUUUUCCCUGACCCUAAUAUUGCCCUUUGGACUGAUGAGAUAUUGUAUGUUAUUAACUUUUUGAUCUGUAUAUAUCUUUAUUUUCA